UCUUUUGUUUUCUGUGCAUUUUUGAAACGAGGUUCCUCUCCGAGGUCCCUUCCUUGAGCAAACCAUCUGGUUAUCGGACGGAAACCUGUGCCCGCCUCCUAAGCUUCUCUGGAACAUACACGGUUUCUACGAUUAUUUUCUGCAUUCAGAUCCUGCUAUACUGCAAACAUGGCAAAAAUAUUAAAAAUUCAUGCAAGAGAGAUAUUGGAUAGCCGUGGCAAUCCAACAGUAGAAGUUGAUUUGACAACAGAGAAAGGUGUGUUUAGAGCGGCAGUCCCAUCAGGUGCUAGCACUGGCAUUUAUGAAGCCCUUGAGCUGAGAGACAAAGAUCCAAAAAGGUUUCUUGGCAAAGGUGUAUCAAAAGCUGUUGAUAAUGUGAAUUCAAAAAUAGCACCAGGACUUAUUUCCAAGGGCAUUGAUGUAACCAACCAAGAAGAGAUUGAUAACUUCAUGCUUCUACUGGAUGGUACACCAAACAAAGGUUCUCUUGGAGCUAAUGCCAUAUUAGCAGUUUCCCUUGCUGCCUGCAAAGCUGGUGCAGCUAGCAAGGGUGUACCUUUGUAUAGGCACAUUGCUUCUCUUGCUGGAAAGAAUGACGUAAUAUUACCUGUACCAGCAUUCAAUGUUAUCAAUGGUGGAAGUCAUGCUGGAAAUAAGCUUGCAAUGCAGGAAUUUAUGAUUCUGCCUACAGGUGCAUCGGAUUUCAAAGAGGCUAUGAGAAUGGGCUGUGAGAUCUACCACACACUUAAGGGUGUUAUCAAAGAGAAAUAUGGGAUUGAUGCUACUAAUGUUGGAGAUGAGGGUGGCUUUGCUCCUAAUAUCCAGGACAAUAAGGAAGGUCUGGAUCUUCUGAAGAUCAGCAUUGAGAAGGCUGGUUACACUGGUAAAGUUGAUAUAGGAAUGGACGUUGCAGCUUCAGAAUUCCAUAAAGACAAGAAUUAUGAUCUUGACUUCAAGACAAAGAAUAAUGAUGGGUCAAAAGUUAUCAGUGCACAGCAACUUGCCAACCUGUACAAAGAAUUUAUUGCAGGAUACCCAGUUGUUUCAAUUGAGGAUCCUUUUGAUCAAGAUCAUUGGGAGGCAUGGUCUGACCUGACUGCAGCAGUCCAAAUUCAGAUUGUUGGGGAUGACUUGACAGUGACAAACCCGGCAAGAAUCCAAACUGCUGUUGAAAAGAAAGCUUGCAAUUGUCUCUUGUUGAAAGUCAAUCAAAUUGGAUCAGUGACAGAAUCAAUUAAAGCAUGUACAUUGGCACAAAGCAAUGGUUGGGGAGUAAUGGUCAGUCACAGAAGUGGUGAAACUGAAGAUGCUUUCAUUGCAGAUUUGGUAGUUGGGCUCUGUGCUGGACAGAUUAAAACAGGUGCACCAUGCAGAUCUGAAAGAUUGACUAAAUACAAUCAACUAUUAAGAAUUGAAGAAGAACUUGGCUCUGCAGCUAAAUUUGCUGGGAAAAACUUCAGACAUCCAGUUGCACAAUAAAUCAUCCUUAUUCGUGCUACAAAUGACUCAAGUUUACAUUAAUGCUGAUUCAGGCUUAGCUUAUUGUAUUUUAUACUACAUCUAGUCAUUGAUCAAGCUAGAAUUUCCUUUACUAAUUUAAUUUAUUGCUGAUACAACUCCAAAUGCAUUUCAA